CAUAGAUAGAAUCAUGGGUGCUUCCAAAGUUGUUUCAUAGGGGUGGCCAUAGCGAGGCCACUAAAAAUAUUGGGGUGGCGCACCAUAAACAGAAUUUCAGUUUUAUUAUGCUCUUGUCAAAUAUAGGUCACUUAAAAUAUGUCGAGAAAGAAAAGAAUUAUAAGUUUAUAAGUUGAUUUCACUAAAAAUAGAUACAUAUAAAAACAAAAUAAAAAUUCCUUUACAAUAAUUUGUUUAAAGGAGGAAUAAAUAUCAAGUUAAUGUUUCGAUGAACUGUAGGGUGUCUUCCUCUCUCGUGCUCACAUAUGGGGCGACCAGCGAUUUAUUUAUUUUUUAUUUAUUUUUUAUUUUUAUUUUUUCAGGGGCGGGGGUCAGUGUAAGAAAUGCAUAGGCUAAAAUGCAUAUCUACAAUAACUCAUACUCUUAAACAUGUAGAGCCAUCAAAAUGGACUUUCUGCUGUGCGUGUGUGUGUGCGCACGUGAGAGGGUAACCACAUUUCACUCUGAACAUGUGUAAAUAAGGAGGCAAAACCAGCAGGAAACCACACGCUGUGAUCAAGCACAAACCAUUUACAAAACCUAACAAAGAAAAAAAUAGAUAUGAUGAUGAAGUUAAUUUUCUUCUCUAUUUUGCAGAACAUGCAGAAAAAAGUAAGAUGAGUGUGGUUGCAAAAUGUGUGAAAAGUAAAGAGGCAACUUCAUGUCACAUGUUUCUGAAGGAAAUUUAAAAAAAAACACAGACAUCCUUGUCACCGUAUUUGUUGGCGUGACAGUGAGAAGAAAAGAUGGUCUUACAAUGGUCUUUGUUCUUCAUGUACAUUUGCAUUAAAGUUACUCCAACAAAAGCUUCAUCUUGGACCGCUGCUGUGCCAUCCUCAGUGAAAGGUCUCCUUGGCUCAUGUGUGGUGAUCCCCUGCUCUUAUAACUACCCAGAACCACAAAAAAGACCCCAGACCUUCAAGGGGAUUUGGUAUAAUAAUGAUAAUCAAGUCAUCUGUCAUUCUGAUGCAUCUCAAACUCCAGAUCAGUUUCGGAGUCGGACAAAGCUGCUGGGAGACCUCAACAAGAAGAAUUGUUCUCUGAUGAUUGAUAAACUUACAAGAAGAGAUGAAGGGACAUUUCAUUUCAGGAUUAUAAUGGAAGCUUAUACCGUAUUUUCCUACUCAAAGAACAAAAUCUCUGUUUCAGUGAUCGGUGAACCAAAUCCCACUGAUUUAUCUGUGCAAGAAGAGGUAAAGGAGGGUCAAACUGUGUCUGCAUCCUGCUCUGUGUUUCACUCCUGCCCCACAUAUCCACCUUCUUUCCACUGGAGUCACUCUGGAGAGCAGCAUGAUCAAACACAGAAGCUUCAAAAUGGCCAGUGGAAUGCAACAUCUACUUUGACCUUUCGCUCAAACCACUCUGAUCACAACAAACCUUUACGAUGCAGUGUUACAUACCACGGUGGAAAGCAGCGGGAAACAUCCAAGACCCUUAAAGUAAAAUAUGCUCCAGUGAAUGUGAAGGUCGAGUACCAGUCAGAUGUGAAUGAGGGAGAGACUGCACACCUGAAGUGCUCCAGUGAUGCAAACCCUGUCAGCAGCUAGAGUGGCACAGUGAAACUGGUGCUCUGCUGAAUAAGGGGCAAACCUACACAAUGUCAAAUGUCUCCAGACACUCAGAGGCCGUGUACUGCACUGCUGUCAAUGAGGAAGGACGAGUCAAAUCAAGCACCCUGAAGCUCAAUGUGUUAUAUCCCCCUGAUAUUAGGACUUCCUCUAAGUGUUUCUCAGAGGAUGAUGUGGUAAAGUGUGAGUGCAUCGUGGAGUCCAGGCCUCCCAGCAUGGUCCAUUUUGUUCUUGGUGACAGAGUCCUGCAAAGCACCAGCAUAGAGACAGUUGGCUCUGUUACUACUGGAACUCUGCAGACAUACUUUGGGUCCUUUAAGUUUGUUCACUGCCUGGCAAACAGCACACUGGGAAAUGCUAACCUCUCACUCUUGUUACCUGCUAAUGACAACAUGCAGAAUAUUUUCAUAGCCUCUGGAGCAGGUGUGAUUUUUCUGAUUAUUCUGAUAGCCACUGGAGUGGGAGUUGUUAGAAAAUGCAGGGGGCGCUCAGGGGAGACGCCAACAUCAGACUUGGGCACCAUGAAAGCAGAGAGACCUGUGGAGCUCCCUCGUUAUGCCCCAACAAAAAGGAAAGAGGACAGGAAGGAUAUGUCUUGUUCUGACAUUUAUGCCAAUGAUCAUCUCUAUGGCAUUACUGACUGCGAUGAGUCAAUAUACAACAAUGUGUAGCUGUGGAAGAUCAGCUUCAGUCCAUGUUGUUAUAUGAGUCAAGAAAAAAGAAAAAC